AUGUUGCACUCAUGGCAAUCACUUUGCAUUGCUAUUGCAACAAUACUGAUAAUUACUGGCCAUCACACCAACGCUGCGACCCUUGAUGACUGGCGAGGCCGUACCAUCUACCAGGUCUUGACUGAUCGAUUUGCCCGCACGAAGGACUCAAAUGCCGACUGCGAUGUGGUCCAUGGCAUGUAUUGCGGAGGCUCGUGGAAGGGCAUCGAACGCAAGCUGGACUACAUCCAAGGCAUGAACUUUGACGCGAUAUGGAUUUCCCCAAUCGUUGCGCAAUUACCUCAAACGACCGGCUGGGGCGAGGCAUACACCGGCUAUUGGGCGCAAGAUCUGUAUGCGCUGAACGAUAAUUUUGGCACCUCCGAUGACUUGAAAAGUCUUAUCAAGGCCAUGCACAACCGGGGCAUGUACUUGAUGCUCGACAUUGUCGUCAACCACAUGGGCUAUGCCGGAGAGCCGGAAGACGUUGACUACAGCGUUUUCGAUCCCUUCGACAACUCAAAGUACUUUCACAGCUACUGCGCAGUGAAUGCAGAUACCAAUCAGACCAACGUCGAGACAUGCUGGCUGGGAGACGACAUUGUGGCCCUCGCGGAUUUGCGCACCGAAGACAAAGAAGUUCAAAACCUGCUCGGCAAUUGGAUUCGCGGCCUUGUCAACGAGUAUUCAAUCGAUGGGCUUCGAAUUGACACGGCGGUCAACGUCGAGCCGAGUUUUUAUCCUGAAUUCGUCAAGGCCGCCGGUGUCUUCGCCACGGGAGAGACCAUGGACGGUGAUAACUCUUUUGUUUGCAAAUGGGCCGAUGCAAUUGGCAGUGUGCUCAACUACCCGAUCUACUAUCCUCUCACACGAGCUUUCUCGUCCACGCAAGGCAACAUCAAUGAUCUCACGAUGACUAUCAAUACCAAUGCCAUCAACUGUAACGACCCAACAGCAUUUGGCCUUUUUACCGAAAACCACGAUGUCGAGAGGUUCCCGUCCAUGAGCAAUGACACAGCACUCGCCAAGAACUUGCUGACCUUCAACAUCAUGGGCGAUGGAAUCCCAAUCAUCUAUCAAGGCCAGGAGCAACACAUGGCUGGCGUGACUUCCCCCUGGACCAACCGCUCACCCAUCUGGACAUCCGACUACGACGAAGAUGUCGAGCUCUACAAACAUCUCGCGACGCUGAUCAAACUCCGGAAGCACAUGGUUGCGAAGGAUGAAAAGUACACACGACAGACAUCCAGCGUCAUCUACCAAGAUUACCACUCCUUUGCGAUGCGAAAAGGAACGGACGAGCAUCAGGUCAUCACUCUCUUCACCAAUAACGGCGAAUCUUCCGGCAAAUACAAGCUCGAUAUUCGGCGCCAUGGAUACGAUGAGGAUACCCAAAUGACUGAAAUCUUGACCUGCAAGGACCUCAAAGUCGAUGACAAGGGCGCUCUUGUUGUUCCCAUGGACAAGGGUCUACCGAAAGUCAUCGUCCCAAAGAGAUUGCUCGAGGGCUCUGGACUUUGCGGAACAGAAGAGGCCACCCCGAUUCGAAAUCCGCCGCCGGCUGGCACAUCCGACUCGGAUCCCGAAGCUAGCGAAACCGGCUCUGCGAGUGAGCGCCGCAUCGAUCUUAUCUUUGUAAUCCUGGCUACGCUGCUCUCAAUCCUUCUGGUAUGAGUUCGGGAGAAUGCUCGCACGGUGUCGUACUGCAAGCAGUAACUGCAUGCUCGAGGUUGAGCACAGCUCUUGCUUAUGAGGCAGUUCGCGCCGCGGCGAGUUGCAAUCUGGACUAACACGACCAAUUUUGUAGGCAUAGAGACAGACAACAAUUGACUGAAAGAGAAUAGAGAACAAAUCAUACAAUUCAGACUUCGAAA